AGCCUGGUGAUAUGUGUGUUGUGCUUCUGUCAUUGUGCCAACAAUAAACUUGGAAAAGAAAACGACCCACAAAAAAAGCCAGAGCAACACACUGUGGAAGCCACUAGUGCGACAAUAUAAAAUUGUGUGCAAUUUGUAAUAAGUGGGAGAAAUCACAAAAAAAUAUCAACCAGUACAAAACAACGCAACAUAACUUGCAGCGACAAAAUUUCUAUGAAGCGAAUAACAAAUCAACCUAGAAAAUAUAUAGCAACAGCAACAACUGCAAGGGACAGAAACAAGAUACAACGAUUAAAUGAAAAUACAGCAGCAGCAGCAGACGACAAAAAUAUUGCUAACACAACAACAUCAACUUCUACAACAGUUAACAGGAGCAGUUGCCAGAGUCAGAGCAGCUACUCUACAAGUCCAAUUACGUGUCGUGCAACGGUGGCCAAAAUUGUCAACGUGACUGAUGUGAGCAUAGAAGUGAUAAAGGCUCAGAGGAAAACAUGAAAAACAAGAGCAAUAAAAUACAGCUUAAACAACAACAACAACGGCAACAUCAACAACCUCAACUACAGCAAACAAGAACUAAAACGGAACAAUUUGAAAGCAUAGGACGUAGAAAGAAAAGAAAAAUCAUCACUAAAGAGCGAUACGGUCAGCAGCGUCAGCAGGAAAAACAGUCGUGCAGAAUAUUUGUCAAAAGAAAACAGCAGCAGCAGCAGCAGGAAGAGAAAGAGGAACAGCAACGACAAUAUACAUUAGAAUUAUUUCGAUUUGUACAGUUUUUACCAUUUUUCAAAUAUAAUUCCACGUUAUUGUUGUUGUGCCAGUUAAUACUUUUCACUUUCCUCAGCAAUAUGCCCGCGCAAGCCUCCGCUGAUUGGCUAAUGGAUUGCGGUGACUGUCACUGCAAAUGGAAUUCGGGCAAAAAGACAGCAGAUUGCAAGAACUUAACACUUACCGGUGUGCCGGAAAACCUUAGUAAUGAGGUGCAAGUACUGGACUUAUCACUCAAUCGUAUUGUAUAUCUGGAGGAGAAUUCAUUUCUCAAUGCUGACCUCACCAAUCUUCAUAAAUUGUAUAUACGCAAUAGUUCUUUACAGCACAUUGAUCCGCGCAGUUUUACCCAACUAGAAAUACUAAUUGAACUCGAUGUCUCAAAUAAUUUGUUGCGCUUGUUGCAGGCCAAUUUGUUUGCCCGUUUGGUCAAGGUGAGAGCCAUAAUCUUGAAUGGCAAUCAACUGGAGUCUUUGGGCGAUGGCAUAUUUCAAAAUCUCAAAUAUCUGCAUAAAGUGGAACUGAAAGACAAUCGUUUAGUCAAGAUUGCCACUCAGGUGUUUGUGAAUGUGCCGCUGCUGUCGCAGAUCUAUUUGAACAAUAAUCGUUUGAGUUUUUUACGCAAAGAGAGCUUUGAGUCUGUUAAGCGUUUGACGGCUUUGUCGUUGGAUGGUAAUCCCUGGAACUGCACCUGCGAGUUGCAAAUCUUUCGUGAUUUUGUGCUGCGACGUAAUCUCUAUACCCCACCCACCGCCUGCUACUAUCCCAGUUCUUUGCGCGGUAUGCUUUGGAUAGAAGAUCAACCCGAAGCCUUUGCCUGUAAGCCACGCAUCAUUUUCCCCGCCAAAGGAGCUUCCAUAAAUACCUCCAAAGAAAAUGUUACUUUAGUGUGUAGGGUGCAUGCUUCGGCCAAUACACACAUCUCCUGGGAUUAUGGCAGUAAACCCGUGUAUAAAACCGGUACCAGUCAAUUGGCUCCACCGCCUCAACAACAACUGCAACAGCGCGUACAUAUACAAAUUAUUCAGGACGAUUUAUCCAAAGAAAAGGAGUUUGGUCGCAAUGUCUAUAUAUCACGCCUCACCAUCAUGGGUGCUGAAAAGUCAGAUGAAGGCACUUACACUUGUAUUGCUGAAAACGCCGGUGGUAAAGAUAGUGUACAAAUGACUUUACUCAUACAAAAGGCUGGAGCACGCGACAUGUUGCAGGGUAACUUAGCAGCCGUUAUAUCCCUAAUGGCUUUGGGUUUACUCAGUGUAUCCGUGUUUCUGGCCAUGGUUACCUGUUGCAUAUACAAACGUUUUAUAGCCUCUGCCUCGGCACAUCAGCAUCGUCAUCAUCAUCUUGACUUAAGUGGCACUGAUCCCCUGACCGCCCAUGGCACUGUAGUGGCUAAUCAUGGUACAACCACAAUGGCCGGCAAUACAGAUGUAAUGUUGGGUGUUGUCGAUGAUACGUUGAAGUAUAAGAAACAUCAUCAUCAUCAUCUGCAACAGACUACAAUAAAUGGGGGCACAACUUUGAUUAAGGAUAAAUAUAGUGAACUUAUAAAACAUAAUGGUGGUGGAGGUGUGGGAAUUGGUAGCGUUGGUGAUGAUAGCAUGGGUUCAGGCAAUUCACCUUUAAUGGAGCAAGAUGGUAGUAGUGGUGGUGGUGGCGGUGGCAAUGGUGGUAGUGGGAUUGUGGGUGGCAAAAUAAACUGUGAUGUACAAAUGGGUCAUAUGGAAAAGAAAUAUUACGAGCAGAGUAAUGAUGACAUGCUCCAUAUAAAAUAUCCACAUGGUCGAGCACAAGCGGAAGUCAAUACAAUGGCAGUAACGACAACAGGUCAACACACCAAAGGCCGUAACAGCAACAAUAUAAAUGGCACAACUGUGGAGUUUCAGCCAGAUUUGUUGCCAGCUUAUGCAGGAAAUAAAAUCAACAGCAAACAGCAGCAGCAGUCACAUCAGGGAGAUCAACUGUAUAGUCCGGUUAUAACACCAGGUUCCACAACAAUCAACAAGACAAUAAAUAUGAUGGAGGACCAACAACAACAGCAGCAACAACAACAAAACCAUAUAGUUACGGCCAAUGCAACAUUGCCAGUAAAUGCAAGUAGUCGCAGCAAAUACAAUACCAGUGCUCAAGAGUAUUUACAGGCCAGAUUUGGUACGAUUACUAAAAAACAAACAAAAAGUCAAGAAAAACUAAAUACCAUCAAACGCGAAACUCCUACCAUAGCAGCCUUGGCCACGGGCACAAGUUCAUUGACUGUAACACGAUCUUCCCCCAGUGCGGAGGUGCUACAACAGGCGGCCAGUCGUCAAACUAAAUCUUUAUUUUUACCCCAGCGCACCGUUUGUAGUGCCACCACCACUGUCACACCCACCGAUACAACCAACUCCUAUGAAUAUCGUCAACCUCCACCACCACCCUACAAUGCCACACAUCGUACGGCUGGGAAUUUGCUGUUGACAAGACGUACCAGCAUAAAUCAACAUGACAACAACGAGGACAACAACAAGAACAGUAAUACCAAGGAUCAAGGCUAUCGGGAAUUGGGUGGGAGUAGUGCCGUCGGCAUACCGCUCUAUGAAACAGCUAGACAAACUAUUGUUACUGCCUCACCUUCAAUGAAUUUUCCUACCACUAUAACGGGCUACAAUAUGAAUACUGCUUCACCAAGACGACAACUGCUGUGAUAAAUUUAAAAACAAAGUUUAAACACAAAAUUAAAGAGAAAAGCAAAAACAAAAACGAAACUUGAAUGAAAGAAAUAAAGACUAUAAUUAGGUAUGAAUAGGAAUACUUGAUUAUUAUUUUUUUUGUUUUCAUCUCAUAGAAAGCCAUAGGCAGACUAAGGACAUAAAGUCACAGAGUCACUAAACCAUACAAAACCAACAAACAGUCCUACAGCAACUGUUAAUACAAAAUAGUAGCAAAAAAAAAAAAAAAACUAGCAACUCCGAACUGAAAGUCAAUAAUUUAGUGACAUUUAUGGGCAUAUUUAGUAAAGCAUCCUUUACAAAUGUUGUUCUGUUUUAUGUCAUUCCAAAUAUACAACUACAUGCCCCAGAGCAUAUCUCAGAGUAAGGGAUUUAAAGUCAUCUAAAAGCUACUGUUGUAUGUAUGACUGACUGUUGGUUGUUUCGUUAAAUGGUUUUUUAUUUAAAUUUUUUUUUCUUCGGACACAUGGUGUCCUGUAAUAUAAUUUGUAAAGACAAAAAUCCCAUAAUUGGAUAUUUACCAUGUUACCAUAGCGUUAACAUGCCACAUAUCAUGUGCAGUCUGUGUUGCUGUGGUAAAUGUUUGCGGAUAAAAUAAAAAUGGGCAGCUGGAAACUAAUUGGUGAUCUUUUUAGUAUUGUAUGUAGAACAAAUAAUAUGUAAUAAAAGAUAACUGAAAAACCAACAGGAAUGUAAUGAAAAUGAAUAUUUAAAUAAUUAUAUUAAUAAAGAAACAAAUAAAAAAAUAAAUAAAUAAUACAGUGUUGCAUUAUAAGCGAUUCUUAUUUAGUUAAUA